GCCGAUUUCAAUUCGCCAAUGGAGUCAAUUGGUUUUGCGAGUUGUCAGAGCAUGCUAUAUAAUCACGAAUAUGGAAAACCAUAAAGUGUCAUAUAAAUUAUUACAUUGUAUCAUCUUCUGGCUGAACAUAUUCAAGACUCUAGUCUAAAAGAAAAAUGAAUUGGCACUCACCUAAUGUUGGUGUUUUCGGAAAAAUAGCAUUCCAGGUGGAGUGGAGAUGGGAUCCAGAGGAGCUACGUUUGCUCCAAGUCAGCAUUCAUGCAGAUUUUUUGGGGGGUAAAUUCUUCAGAGGUCAGGAGCUGGGAUGUUCUUACUGCCAGUAUCAUCUUACAUCGGUGACUAUGAACAAUCAAUUCUUCGAAGAAUGGAUUGAGACAGAACUCUUUCAAUCAAAUACUUGUAGGGACAAACGAAAGAAUGAAGAGAUGGGGGGCGCGGCGUCGAGGCUCGCCGCCCCGAUAAAGCACCGGCGGGUGGAGAGGGAGCUGGACAACAAGGUGGCGGAGGCGCUGCGGGAGCGGGCCAAGGCGAGGAAGAAGACGUUCCGGUCGGUGAACAGCAUCACCAUGCGCCUCCCUCGCUUCAAGGACGGCCUCAAGGACAUCCGGGACGUCUUCGACCUCUACGACACGGACUCCAACGGGACGAUCGACAACGAGGAGCUGCGGAGCUGCCUGAGCAAGCUCGAGGUGCGGAUGUCGGAGAAGGAAGCCGACGACGUGCACCGCUACUGCGACGUCGACAGCCGCAAGGGGAUCCAGUUCCAGGAGUUCGUCGUCCUCAUCUGCCUCAUGUACCUGCUCUUCGGCCCAAACGUCACGCGCCGGGUUUCCGAGUUCGAGUCGGACAAGCUCAACUACAUCUUCGACGAGCUCAUCGACGCCUUCCUCUUCUUCAACAGGGACGGCGACGGCAAGGUGACCAGGAAAGACGUCACCCAGAGGAUGAACGAGGAGUCUGACCGGGAGAGGACGCCCACCCACAUCACCACACAGCUCUUCAAGGAGAUGGACCUGAACAAGAACGGCAAGGUGAACCUCAAGGAGUUCCUCUUCUCCAUGAUCAGAUGGGCAGGGCUCGAGCCCGAGGAAGGAGAUGAAAGCAACGACACUUCUCUGUAGUGUAGUUUAGGCUUCUUCCCCUCAUCAGUUUGUCAAAAAUAUAAGCAAUCACCAUUUGCAAGUUAAUCCUACAUGUUUUAUGACAAAGCACCGUCUGUUAUGGUGUCAUUAGUUAACCUCAGAUGUUCAGGGCAGAUGGAACUUCAUGUAUACACAGCAGACAGCAUAGUGGCCAAGAGACUGCAUCCCGAAAGUUUGUAUAGUAUGUAAUAAUGACCAUUAAUUUUAUGGAACAAUACAAAUUUGCAUCAUCAA